AUGGGAGUGCACAUUUUUGAAAGUUCUCAUGAAGAUCUAAUUCACGAUGUUUCCUACGACUUUUAUGGCAAACGUCUAGCGACGUGUUCUUCUGACCAAAGGGUUAAGGUGUGGGAGUGCAAUCAAGAUAAUAAAUGGGAGCUUGUUGACUCUUGGAGGGCGCACGACUGUUCGGUUUUGAAAGUCUCUUGGGCGCACCCUGAAUUUGGUCAAAUUCUAGCCACAUGUUCUUUCGACCGUACCAUACGUAUCUGGGAGGAGCAAGUGCACGAAGCGAAAAACAGUGGAAAACGAUGGCCAGAGAAGGCGACCCUACGCGAUGGCAAUAGUUCCGUGCAAGAUGUUGAAUUCGCGCCCAAUUGUUGGGGAUUGAAGUUUGCUUCUUGCACCGCUGAUGGGAUGCUUCGAAUAUAUGAGGCACUUGAAGUUAAUAAUUUGGCACAAUGGACUCUGGUGGAGGAAAUUGGAAUCACUGGACAUAAUACUAAAGAAGACUCUACACAAAAGUGGCAACCCCACGAAACAUUAGAGGGACACACUGAUCCUGUUCACGACGUUAGCUGGGCCCCUAACAUGGGAAGAUGGGUGGAAGUAGUCGUAGCGAACGUGAGCACAACAGUGGAGUAUCUUCAAGAACACGCCAAGACGACACGGGCAGCGGUUCAAGUGGUGCUGGGGAAGUCGGAAGAGACUUUGCAAAUCGUUAUGGGUUGUUCCAAUAUAAAUUGGGCUAGACGAGUAGAAUGUAAUCAAUGUAAAACGCCUAAACCUGGCUCGGAGACGACGAUGGGUUCGCGAGAAGGUCGUGGAGGUGGAUUCAUGGAACGAGACGAGGUGGUCGAGUAUCGAAAGUCGAGAGAUGCUGAAAAAGAUGAUGAGUACGAUGAAUUCGGGCGGAAGAGGAAAAAAAACAAAGAUGUUGAUAGCUACAAUGGAGGUAGCAAAGAUAGUCGAGUUUCGUACCGAGGUAAAACGAGCGGAAGUAACAAACAGGACCCCAGCGGAGAUAUUGAAGAUGAGGACGAAGGGGAUGACGAUGAUCGGUGA